AGGAAAACAGUCUGACCAGUGAUGCUGGGGACAUCCUACAACCACACAACGGAAUCCCCUGCCACCUUCUUCCUUGUGGGCGUUCCAGGUUUGCAGUCUUCCUAUCUUGGGCUGGCCAUCUCAUUGAGUACCAUGUACAGCAUAGCCCUCUUAGGAAACAGCCUCAUCAUUACUGUGAUCUGCAUGGAUUCCACUCUACAAGAGCCCAUGUACUUCUUUCUCUGUGUUCUGGCUGCUGUGGACAUUGUCAUGGCUUCUUCUGUGGUACCUAAGAUGGUGAGCAUCUUCAGCUCAGGAGACAGCUCCAUCAGCUUUAAUGCCUGUUUCACUCAGAUGUACUUUGUCCAUGCAGCCACAGCUGUGGAGACAGGGCUUCUCCUGGCCAUGGCUUUUGAUCGCUAUGUGGCCAUCUGCAAGCCCCUACAUUAUAUGAGAAUUCUCACCCCUCAUGUGAUGCUGGGGAUUAGUGUGACUAUCACCACUAGAGCUGUUAUUUUUAUGACUCCAUUGAGUUGGAUGUUGAGUCAUUUGCCUUUCUGUGGCUCCAAUGUAGUUCCCCAUUCCUACUGUGAACACAUGGCUGUGGCUAAGUUAACAUGUGCUGACCCCAUGCCCACCAGUCUCUACAGCUUGAUCUUUUCCUCCAUCAUUGUGGGCUCAGAUGUGGCUUUCAUUUCUGCCUCUUAUAUUUUGAUUCUCAGGGCAGUAUUUGGUUUGUCUUCAAAGAAUGCACAGCGGAAGGCGCUGAGUACAUGUGGUUCUCAUGUUGGGGUCAUGGCGCUGUACUAUCUCCCUGGGAUGGCAUCCAUCUAUGUAGCCUGGCUAGGGCAGGACAAAGUUCUGCACACCCAAGUGUUGUUAGCUGACUUGUACCUGAUCAUCCCACCCACCCUUAACCCUAUCAUUUAUGGUAUUAGGACCAAGCAGAUCCGGGAGCGGAUAUGGAGUCUGCUGAUGCCUUGCUUCUUUCUCCAGUCCACUCAAGGUGCAUGA